AAGACACUGCGUUGUUUUCGGGAAAGGGGACGGUACUUGACAGGAAGGGUUUGGUCGAACAGAAGUGCACUGCGACUUCCGUUUUUAGGCUACGAAAUCCACAUUUCUUGGAUUAACUCAACGUUUUCACUCUUUCUGGAUACAGGAUAUUGUCUUGAAUCGAUUUGGGAAAACAAUAGAGUUGUAGAAGUUGAAAUACGUACAGAGGGGAGCUUCAACUUGCUGGAAUCGUCUAAUGUUCUAACCGAAACGGAAGUAAGUUGCCAGCUGUCUGGCUGCGCUCUCGAGUGUCUGAAUGCCCUCCCUGUGGGUUAUGGAGUUAGGCAGGCAACUCUGUGGGAAGAUGAGGAGGUCCAGCAGGAGAGCACAAUUCUCCUCUGCUCCUACUUCCACCUGGGGCCUGGAAAUCCACUUUUACACGACGGAAGUGCACCAGCUGGAGUUCUUCAAAGGCUGCUAUACUGCGGAGGAUCUCUGUGUGGAGGCUGCCAAGAAAUGCUCAAUCUCCCCAUUGUGCCAUAACCUGUUUGCCCUCUACAAUGAGACGGAUGACAUGUGGUAUCCCCCCAACUUUGAGUUCAAGAUCACAGAUGAAACCAGCCUCAAGUUGCACUACCGCAUGAGGUUUUAUUUCAGAAACUGGCAUGGCACCACUGAAGGAGAGUCCCCAGUUUGGAGACACUGCAUCAGCAAACUCCGAGGAGGACAGAGCCCCCAGAUGAUACCAGAAGGAACGCCUCUACUGGACGCAGCCUCUCUCGACUACCUAUUUGCCCAGGGCCAGCAUGACUUUCAGAAAGGUUUUGUUCCACUGAGGAUCGCUAAGUCCGAAGCAGAGCAACAUGAGAUUGAAAACGAGUGUUUGGGGAUGGCCGUGCUCGCCAUCACACACUAUGCCAAAAGCAUGAAUAUGCCUCUGUCUACUGCUUCCAAUGAAAUCAGCUACAAACGUUUCAUCCCAGUGUCCCUGAAUCGCAACAUCAAGCAGCGCAAUUUCCUGACUCAGAUCCGCAUCAACAACGUCUUCAAGAAAUUUCUCAGUGAAUUCAACUGCCGCACAAUCAGGGACAGCGAUAUCACGCCUUACGAUCUGAAGAUCAAGUACCUGGCUACGCUUGAGGGUCUCACCAGCGGCCUUGGCAGCGAGCUGCUUGAGCCAAACAUGCUUUGUGUAACUCAGGAAGGUGAACUCUGCAAUGGAGGUUACUUUGGGUACUACAACCAGAGCCAAGGACAGAGCCAGAUUCAGAGCCAGAGCCUUGAGCCAUGCUCUGACACAGAGGUCCUGAUUACUGGUACCAGUGGCAUUUCCUGGAGGAAGAAGACCCAAACAAGAAAUGACAGGAAUACAGAGACCAAUGAAGGCUGGGUGUUGUUCUGUGACUUCCAUGAGAUCACCCACACAGUCAUCAAAGACGUUACAGUCACCAUCUUCAGACAGGACAACAAGAGGAUGGAGCUGCGAAUGGCUUCUCGGGCCGAAGCUCAGUCCUUGGCAGCCCUCGUUGAUGGCUACUUCAGGCUGACAGUGGAUGCACACCACUUUCUGUGCAAGGAAGUGGCCCCGGCUUCAGUGGUGGACAGUAUCAAAGAUGGCUGCCAUGGACCCAUCAGUACUGAAUACGCCAUUCACAAGCUGCGUCAGGAGGGCAACAAGGAGGGCACCUAUAUCCUGCGCUGGAGUUGCACGGAGUACCAGUACAUCAUCAUCACUGUUGUCUGCAAUGAGUUGGACCUGAGAGAAACUCGUCCGCUGCGUCAGUAUAAGAACUUCCAGAUCGAAGUGGCCCCCGAUGGGUUCCGCCUGUACGGCACCGACUCUUUUCGAACCACUCUCACAGAGCUGUUGGAGCACCUGGAGGGUCAAAGCCUUCGCACUGAUAACCUCCAGUUCCAAUUGCUGCGCUGUUGCCCUCCACAGCCAAGAGAGGUUUCCAAUCUGCUGGUGGUCACCAAAGAGAGAGCACCGGUGCCUCAGACACCAGUACAGGAGAGUCAGCUCAGCUUCCAUCGCAUUCUCAAGGAGGAGAUUGAACAGGAGGACCACCUUGGCCUGGGCACGAAAACCAACAUCUACUCCGGCAAGUUGAAGGUGAAGAGCGAGGAGGAGGAGGUCGAUAUUGGUUACUCGUCCUUCCAGGAAGUCCAGGUGGUCCUGAAGGUGCUGGGAUCUGGACACAGGGACAUCUCUUUGGCCUUCUUUGAAACAGCCAGCAUGAUGAGACAAGUUUCCCACAAACACAUCGUGCUGCUGUAUGGAGUGUGUGUCCGCCACCAGGAGAAUAUCAUGGUUGAGGAGUACGUCCAAUAUGGACCACUGGAUGUAUUCAUGAGGAGACAGCAGAGCCCACUGAGUACACCUUGGAAGUUCCAGGUGGCCAAGCAGCUGGCGUCAGCUCUCAGCUACUUGGAGGACAAAAAGCUGGUCCAUGGCUUUGUGUGCUCUAAAAACAUCCUGCUGGCAAGGGACGGGCUGGACACAGAUGAGGGAGGGCCCUUCAUCAAACUCAGUGACCCAGGAAUACCAAUCACAGUGCUCACAAGAGAGGAGUGUGUGCAUCGUAUCCCGUGGAUCGCUCCAGAGUGUGUGAAGAGUGUGUCGUCCCUGAGCAUCGCGGCCGAUAAAUGGGGCUUUGGUACCACUCUGUGGGAGAUCUGCUACGAUGGCGAAGUUCCACUGAAAGAGAAGAAACUCACAGAGAAGGAAAGGUUCUACGAAACAGAAUGCCAACUGGCCACCCCAGAUUGUAGCGAGCUGGCUAAACUGAUGACCAACUGCAUGAACUACGACCCCAAGAAGAGACCUUUCUUCAGGGCUAUUGUCCGAGACAUAAACAAGCUGGAGGAAACAAAUCCAUUGAUCAAACCCAAGCCUACUCUAGAGGUUGAUCCCACCGUGUUUGAGAAGAGGUUCCUCAGAAGAAUCAGAGAUCUGGGAGAGGGCCACUUUGGGAAGGUGGAGUUGUGCCGCUAUGAUCCUCGAGGAGAUAAAACAGGCGAGCUGGUGGCCGUGAAGUCCCUGAAGCCUGAGAGCCGGGAGGAGCAGAGCACCAACCGCAAGGAGCAGAGCACCAACCUCUCGCGUGAGAUCAACAUCCUCAAGGGACUUUACCACGAAAACAUCGUCAAGUACAAAGGCAUUUGCCAAGAGGAAGGUGGUCAGGCCAUCAAGCUGAUCAUGGAAUACGUUCCUUUGGGCAGUUUGAAGGAGUACCUCCCCCGAAACAAAAGCAAGACCAACCUCAGCACCCUGCUCAGCUACUCCAUCCAGAUAUGCAAGGGAAUGGACUAUCUGGGAUCUCAAAAAUUCAUCCACCGGGACCUGGCUGCUCGUAAUGUGCUGGUGGAGAAUGAGAGGACGGUGAAGAUUGGAGACUUCGGCCUCACCAAGAGCAUCAAGGAGAACGAGGGAUAUUACACAGUCAAGGAUGAGAACGAUAGUCCUGUUUUCUGGUAUGCUCCAGAGUGUCUGACUCACUGCAAGUUCUACUUGGCUUCAGACGUCUGGUCCUUCGGGGUGACGAUGUACGAACUCAUCACAUACUGCGACUCUUCCAAGAGCCCGAUGUCGCUCUUCAUCGGCAUGAUUGGUAAAACUCAAGGUCAAAUGACGGUGAUCCGGUUGGUGAAGCUGCUGUCAGAUGGGAGGAGGCUGCCACGCCCUGAGGGCUGUCCAGAGCAGGUGUACGAGCUGAUGCGCAGGUGCUGGGAGCAAAUGCCUGAACAGAGGAUCACCUUCGAGCGCCUGAUAAAGGAUCUGAGCACCAUGCAGCAGAAGCUGCAGCCGCAGAAUGACUUUUAAAUCUGUUUGUGGCUCUGGGAGUGAAGCUGAUGGAAACAUCUGUCCCCAGAUCAGCGUCUGCCUGUGCAGCUUCAUCAUGCUGAGAGACAGUCCUGGAGGAUCAGCUGCGCUCCUUCAUACUCACAUACAAACCUUACACAUCUUUCUUUGAAAAGCAUCACAUUUCUAAUUCAUAAUCAUUAAGUCUGGCUUAUUUGUAACAUUUUUUUAUUUGAUGCGCUCAUAUUUUUAUGUUACUUCAGUUUUUAAUCAUUUGAGCAUUUUGAAUGUUCAGGCUAAUCUUGUAGCUUUAGCCCGCGCUAAAUGUGAUCUUGUAUCUUCAAAAGGACCUGUAUCUUAACAGAAGCUCACUUGGACUCAUUGCUUGUGUAUUGUGCUCUGAAGGCCUUAUAACAUGUGGACAGCUGGUUCAGAAGAUGGAAACAGAGCAGAGACAGGAACUGUUUGACGCUCAGACCAAAAGUCAUGUGACAUUUUGUCUCGGGAACGACGGAGCAGAUUGCAGAUGAAGGAGAUGAAGAAGAUGCCUCAACACGGAUACUAAAGAUGUGAUUCUUGGACUUUUCAGUUUGAAUAUCUUAUCUUUUAAAUUUUUUAAGUCAUAUUUUUGGGGAUUUAACACCUUUGUUUUAUAGAGGAGAGGACAGUGGAUAGUUUAGGAAACUGGGAGAGAGUGGAGGAAUGACAUGUGGGAAAGAGGCUGCAGGUAUGGGCGCACAACUUAACCAUUAGGCUAAGUCUGCACCCAGUUUGAAUUUCUUUUAGCAUGAGUGAGCCAUGGAAAUAUCUGAGCGACAUGUUUGGAUUGUCUGUUCAGGUUGUGCAGAUGUCAGGCAGCAGUUUUUCCUUUCUUGGUUUCAAAGGAUGAGGAAGUGUAUUUGUUAUACAUAAAAUGUUUUAUUCAGUUCUUUAUUUAGUUUUUAAAACCUCUUUGAACUUUCACAGCACAUCUCAUUUUGAGUCUUUUAUAGACUACAGGAUUGUUGAUGAUGCUUUUUUUUCAGCCUGGAUUUGUGUUUCUGUCUGAAAUCAUCUGUGAAGGAGCUGUUGGAGCUGCAUCUGCACAGGAGAAGAAAAUCUGUUUCUUUUAUAAUUUGAGUCAUUAUUGUCUUAUCUUUCAAAUAUUUUUAUCCUCUUCAAAUCACCAGGAACUGAUCUUUUUUUCGCCACCAAACACAGCACUUGUUAAAUGUACUCGUCCUGGCUGUAAGAGAUAUAGAGAAGUACCUGUCAAAGACACUUGAGGGCAGCACCACUUCACUUUUUCUCACUCUCUACUGUUUUGUACCUGAAAUUCAAAUCAGUAAGAGCCACGGAUACUUUCACACGUUGAUAUACUAAUCGUAACAUUGCAACAAAAAAAAGAGCCGAUUCAAGAUUCAGGUUGUAAAUUGAACCACUUGUUAAAGUCAGUGUCUUCACAUGGCAUUUUCAUUACUAUGUACAAACAUUUUAUUUGUAUCUUUUUAUUUGUAAUCUGCCAGAAAAUUUAUAAAAGUGUAUUUUAUCUGUGUGUAUGUUUCAGGCUGUGAGCAGAGGGCUUUUCUGUUUGAAUCCAUCAGUAGUGUUUGUGAAAUCACGCUCAGUCAUACGUCAGAAAUGGUCAGUUCUUCAUGCAACUGUAUGGCUUGUACUGUGAAAAAAAAAAAGACUGUCAAGAAGAGAAAAAUGCGCUUCAGUCCACAUUUUAUUUA